GUUUCCCACUCCCCCACCGGACACCGGCCCUUCAGUUCUCUUCCGCUUCCAUUCCACCUCCGGCGAAUCCCAACCACAGCGAGUGAGCGCGCGCUCCGCUCCAUGGACGCCCACUGCCUCGUCCGCCGCCAUCUGCCACCGCCUUUCCAGCUCCCGCCCUUCUCGCAUACAACUCCCGGGUACCGCCGCCGCGUCGCCAGCGCGGUGGCCUGCUGCUGCUCCGCCGCCGCGUGGGACCGGCACCAGCACCAGGAGCGGCCGUGGGAGUCCUACGACCGCGACAUCCAGUCCCACGCCGGCUCCGACCUUCCCCUCUCCCUCGGGCUCCUCGCCGACAUGGAGGCGGCCGGGGCGCGCCCGAGCGCGGCGGCGUACGCGCGCCUCAUCCGCGCGCUGGCCCGCGCGGGGCGCACGCUCGAGGCCGAGGCGCUCCUGCUCGAGAUGCGCCGCCUCGGCCCGCGCCCGGGCGCCGCGCACUACAACGCGCUCCUCGAGGGGCUGCUCGCCAGGGCGCACCUCCGCCUCGCCGACCGCCUCCUCCUCCAGAUGGCCGACGACGGCGUCGCGCGGAACCGGCGCACCUACGUGCUCCUGCUGGACGCGUACGCGCGCGCGGGCCGGCUCGAGGACUCGUGGUGGGUUCUGGGCGAGAUGAGGCGCCGGGGGAUACGGCUCGACACCGCCGGCUACAGCAUGCUGGUGCGGCUUUACCGGGACAAUGGCAUGUGGAAGAAGGCCAUCGACCUCGUUAUGGAGAUGCAGGAGGUCGGGGUGGAGCUCGAUGUUAAGAUUUACAAUAGUUUAAUCGAUACUUUCGGCAAGUAUGGGCAGUUGGCGGACGCACGCAGGGUGUUCGACAAAAUGCGUGCAGAAGGGAUCAAACCGGACAUUUCAACUUGGAAUGCUCUGAUUCGAUGGCAUUGUCGGGUUGGGAACAUGAAACGUGCUCUGCGAUUCUUGACCGCAAUGCAGGAGGAAGGGAGGUACCCGGACCCGAAGAUUUUUGUUAUGAUCAUUGGCCGGUUGGGGGAACAGGGGAAGUGGGGUGAGAUCAAGAAGCUCUUUGACGGCAUGAAGAAUCGAGGUUUCAAGGAGAGUGGCGCAGUGUAUGCUGUAUUGGUUGACAUUUAUGGGCAGUACGGCUAUUUCCGUGAUGCGCGUGAGUGUAUAGCUGCUCUGAAAGCUGAAAAUACGCAGCUUUCGGCUCGCAUCUUUUGUGUCCUCGCCAAUGCUUAUGCUCAACAGGGGUUGUGUGAACAAACUGUAAAUGUACUUCAGUUAAUGGAGGAAGAAGGAUUUGAGCCAAACCUUGUUAUGCUGAAUUUGUUAAUCAACGCUUUUGGCACUGCUGGAAGGCAUUUAGAGGCACUGGCUGUAUUCCAGCAUAUCAAGGAUAGUGGUAUGAGCCCAGAUGUUGUGACAUACACUACACUUAUGAAAACAUUCAUGAGAGCAAAGAAAUUUGAAAAGGUAUCUGAAGUAUACAAGGACAUGGAACGUGAUGGAUGCACUCCAGACAGAAAAGCCCGGGAAAUGUUACAUGAUGCCUCUGUUAUAUUGGAACAAAGAGGAUGUAUCUAUUGAAAUUGGAAGCCUUCCUAUUCUAAAAUGGCCCAGGCCCAGGUGUCAAAUGUUUGUAAUGUCAGGGGCACCAUCUCCCUUAUUGCUUACACAUGCAUGAUUGAGAAAUCAAUUGAAAGCAAACACAAGGCACGCCUAAUUUACCUUCAACAUAUCAGUUAUGUUGAUUGUGUUGAUAAGUUCCAAUACAUCCAGACGAUCGCUCACUGGUAUUUUCUCCAAUGCUGGGAAAUACUUUGCCUGCAAAGAUUGGGACGUUGACAGCACAACUCUCUGUGUCCAAGACUCCUAAUGUCAUGUUUGACAGAAAGGUGCAAAAGGAUAUACUGGUAUGAUUUAUGUCUUUGAACUUGAGUGCAAAUGCCAGUCAGGAUUUAUGGUCUAAGUAGCGCUAUCAGGCAUAAAGAAAGGAGGAGGCAGAAAGUGAAAGAAUCAUUAGUAGCGAGAAGGAUAUAGACAUCUGUGGAGAUGAGGUGCAUCUAUAAUGUUGAAGUUCCUUACAUUGCUUUCAUUCUGAGUCAUACCUUAGGAACUUGUUGCGACAAAGAACUGUAGAAAAAUAUUAGGUGUGCUGAUUUUCGACUUUGUGACUAGAUUCAGCCAACUGCAAGGUUAGCUUACGUAAUCAGCCAUGAUGUGGCGUCCAGGCCAAUAUAUUCACUAAUCAAAAUACCAACUGUUUAUUUUGUGUCUUUUCUCUGCUAUAUACUAUGCUGCUUAAAUUUAAUACUUAUUAACAGACUGUAAAUUAAAAGCAGGAUGAAUCAAUUACGACUCA